GGCCAAAUUCCAGAGCACCAGCCAAGCCACAUGCGGCCCCCUGUCGGGAGACAUGAGCCGCCCUGGUCGCCUCCCUUGGAACGGGACACUCGCACUGUUCAUAGCCACCGCAGCAGCAGCCUACGUCUCGGCCGACGCGCGCAGGAACAACAUGAGGGCUAACGAAAACCUGGACAUCUCCUCCAUCUUACCGGAAAACCCGCAGGACUACGACAACCUUGCUCCGCCCAAGGAGCACGGGAGGGCAACAUCAGUCAAGUUCCACGUUACCGUCCUCAGCCUAGACUCCAUCGACGAAGGUUCCAUGACGUACGUGGCGGACAUCUUCAUGUCGCAGUCCUGGUACGACCACAGGCUCAGGUUGCCGCGCAACGUGACGUCCAAGUAUCGGCUCCUGCCAGUCAACUGGCUACACCAGAUGUGGAGGCCGGACUCGUUCUUCAAGAACGCAAAGCGCGUCACGUUCCAAGAGAUGACCAUUCCGAAUCACUAUAUCUGGCUCUACUCGGAUGGAAGCAUACUCUAUAUGGUCAAGCUCACUCUCCUGCUCUCCUGCGCCAUGAAGUUCGAAACAUACCCGCAUGACACGCAAGUCUGCACGAUGAAGAUCGAGAGUUUGUCCUACACGACGGAUGACCUGGUGUUCAGCUGGGACGACAACGUUCCCCUGGUCGUAGACGACGCCAUCGAGUUGCCUCAGCACAACCUGGUCGAGACUGCGCUCAGCGACUGCACCACUGUUUAUUCUACAGGUAACUUCACCUGCAUCCAAGUGACCUUCACGCUCAAGCGACGCCUCGGCUACUACAUGUUCCACACAUACAUCCCGACCUGCCUGAUCGUCAUCAUGUCCUGGAUAUCCUUCUGGAUCAAACCCGAGGCUGUGCCGGCCAGGGUGACGCUGUGCGUCACCAGCCUGCUCACUCUGUCCACGCAGCACGCGCAGUCGCAGAAGUCCCUGCCCCCCGUGUCCUACAUCAAGGCCAUCGAUAUAUUCAUGUCCUCCUGCACCGUGUUCGUGUUCGCCUCGCUCAUGGAGUACGCGCUGGUCAACAUCCUCAUGGGCGAGACGGACGAGAGCCUCGUCUACCGAAAGGCCAGGCCCGUCAACAUUGCCGCUAAAGUCACGGAAUCAAGGCGGCUCUCAAACGGCGCGCCCACUCAGAAGAUUGAGACGGCGCCAUCUUCAACAGGGCUACCUCGCCGGCGUGACCGCGCCUUGCUCGUGGACAAGAUCUCCAGGGUAGUCUUCCCAUUGUCCUUCGUCAUCCUCAACACAGUCUACUGGUCAGUCUACCUCGACUACCCCUGAGGUACUGUCUCGCGUGGAACAACUGCCCGUCGUACAGGAGGAGUAUCCUCGGUGAGAAACGAACCUCGCGUGCAGCGCAGCAAAGGACAUCAAGGACAUCGAGGACUUCCACUUCCCUUUGCCUGCAGGACAUAAUGCCGAGCGGCGGCCUUGCUCCGUGGUAGAACAGAAAGAUCGCCAACGUCGCCUGCGUGUGGUCACAGUUCUAUCAUCACCAGAAUGUGACGCCUAUACCUCUAUGACACCACUCUGCACUAUUAUACUAUUCAAAUCGGCGACCUCUAUGAAACGGCCAGCAAUAUAAAACCGUCAAGCGACAUCCCGAAUGCCACAUGUCCUGCACAUCUUGAAACCGAUCGUGGCACAUAACGCUCCAGAAACAAUGGUGCCGCAGGCUGGCUGGACAAGCGUGUUGGUUCACUGAAGCUAAUUCACUGACGCGCAGCUUCAAGGACGGUUGUGACAAUGACAAUUGACUAUGCUUUCAUCUGUGAUCUACGGAGAAUAGUGCUCUACGUUCUUCGUAUCAAAGCCCAGUGACGAGGCUGUGUAACGUGCGUGCGCUGAAGCAAUGCCACUGUCGUGGCCGGAAGACGCCCAACGUGAAUUGUUGCCUCAGUGAGACUGAAAGUCAAGCUUCCGUGAGUGGCCCACGGACUGUCGCGUUGACCUGUGUGGGACAUUUCUUUCGGGCACUGUCGGCACACCUUUGCAAGAUAAAUGUGCGCGUCAUCUACAUGCGUGCACUUGAACUUCUCUGAGUGAAGUUCUGCAUGAGGAACUGGGACGUUAGCCUACGAACAUUGACUUUAGAUGUUGACAGAACGACAACGAUUACGAAGAUUGACGUGGAGUGCCGUGAGAGUGUGUAGUACGCGGUGGGGAACGUGUAAAUCUUGAAUCGAAGGACACUGCGUGAAAGAGUGAUGUCUAUCAGUGUCUGCACCUCAGGAAUCCGCUAACACGUGAAAGACAUUGAAAGGCGAAAACUUAAGUUGUGUUCAAGCGCUAGUGUUUACAUGGCAGCUGGUUGUGAUGCGCGAAACGCCGAAUGGUUAAUCACGGCUAAUGUACUAGUCAAGCGUAUCCGACGAAUAACGGACAACGUAGGACGUGCGUGGAACGUAUCUUGGUUCCCGCUGACGAGGCGAGCUGACCAUACGUGGUCUGAAAUAGACAUUUAACUUAAAACGCGUUGUUGAACUCUUUCAGCUAGCGAUACAAAGUUAGUUUCUCUUCUCUUUCUCCUAUGCUGUUACAACAGUCUCGUUACCUUGCUGCAGCUACUUUGUGACCUCAUUAAGCUCAGCGCACGCAUGCCAUGCGUUAUACUGAGAAAGCAAGCGUGUGACCCUUGUACUGUAAUAUUUUUAGAGACACGAACUGAAUUUUUCUUUCCGAUUAUUUAGAUAGGUACUUGCGAAGCGCGCUACUGCUUGGAAAUGAAUCCUUGCUAACUAUCGAGGCAUGUGUAAUAGAGGCAUAUUUGCGUGCAACAAUUCUCCCAAUAUGUGCAGGACCAAAAUAUGUUUCAGUGCCAUAUCUUAGGUAACAGCCGAGAAAGGGGUGAAAAUCUUGGUCUUUAACUAUCUACAGCGUAAGGGAGUCCCAUUAAAACCAAUAAUGCACCAUAUGUUCUACUUUAUAGGAACAUGUAGACUGUUAUUACUUGUAGCUGAACAUCUUUUGAAGACCACAUUCUGCUUAAAAACUCAGGCAUAGAGUUUUUGAAACAUGGAGUAUGCCGUUUUCUUCAUUAUGGGUAAUACUUCGCGUCGCACCUGAUGAGUCAGUGUGUUCGAAUGACUGCAAUAAAUCUCAGUAGCAGAACCGGUGAAUUUGCCACUUUAGAUGCUGCUUACCGCAAGUGUACCCCCUUGCUCCCCUCCGAGAAAUCAAAACGAAUUCAUAUUACACAAACCUAUCACUCCAAAUUUUCCUUCAUUUUACAAGUGUCUACCUUGAAAGGACCGGAGAUAAUACCGAGGUCAAAUUACCAAUAGCAAGUGGCAUUGCAAAAUUUAGUUUUCUAAAUUACUGCCCCGUCUGCACCAAGACGUGGCAACAAUUUAGACAACGAACUUAACACUGUGUACGAGAGUGCUGAUUUGAGGUGGUUGGUUGAACGGCGACAUAUUUAACAUAAAACACUUGUGAUGUCGCUUUCAGCAUCCUGAUUUCUGCGCUUUUAUUCUGAAUGCUAAAAAAAUAUCGCUCUGGCUACUAAAUAAGUCGGGGCGCCUGCCGAAAGUGUUCCCAUGUCAGAGAACUCGAACUUCCGCAUUUAGACCGUCGCGCAUGUGUCUCCUUUUCAAACACGUAGAAUCCAUCAGCUUCUCGUAGUGGAGUUUUUCGUAAAUGAAAAAAAUACACCGAACAUUAUAUACCAAAUUCGUGGAAUUAUUCUGCUGUUGGAAGAUUUUAUAAACACAAGAUGUUCAAAUAUUUGCAGUACAGUUAGACAAGCUCAACAACAAAAUGUACGGAUUUCAAUGCGCAAUGAUAUAAAGCAUCUUGAGUGGUUGCAGCAAAAAUUGCAGCAACGUGCAAGGUCACUAGCUAGCCCACAUGCAAACUAUUGUGAUGUAUAGCAGUCACAAAAGUUCAUGAUUGCCGUGAUCGCUUUCGCAAAACUUUCGAAACGCAAUAUGAAUUAUAAUAGCUACGCACUGUCAUUUUUGUCUAAAAAAUCUAAUAUGCAAUUAAUAAUUGGUGUAGGUUUGAAGGUAAUGAACAAUGCUCACGGAAUGAAAUGCUUCAAUAAAGGGCUAAGUAAUUCACCUACUUUCGUUUCAAUCGUCUUUUGUUUGCGUCACAUCUGCGGUAGAUUGGCCCGUACACUUACGUGAUAACAUCAUCACCUUUGGCGGCCAGAUUCUUAGCGACACAACAGGUUUGUCUCAAGCAAAUGGACGUACCACUUGUUACACUUAAGGUUUUCAUGUCACGGUUCAUUCCGUGAGCACUGUUCACAUACUGCGCUGAAAACUCGGCUUGCUGGUAGAGCAUUCUGAAAGAACCAGCGCAUUUAAGGGAAAAAAUGAAAACAAGAGAAGCAGAGUACGAAGCACUGUUCUGUGCCAGCGUACAUCACUUCCUGUUUAGACACUAUUCCACUGAGAUGCAAAAUUCUCAUAGGGUUGCAUCUAGAACUAAGCGUAAUAUUUCUUCCGCUCUCUUGUAAAACCUGUUUUAAAUAAUUCUUGCCCAUUGAAGUGAAGCAUGGCACUGUCAGUAGUCAAUAGAAGCAACAAAAUAACGCACAAGAAAGCACUGUCACGUGUUGCGAUUUCUGCGUGUAUGUAUUCACCGGCUUCUUUUUAGAAUCUCUCAAACAUGAUCCUUUCGUCUUGGAGGCUAUAACGCCAGGACCACUCAGGUCGUAGAUGCUCA